AUGUCGAUACCUGGCAUGUCCCGCCCAGGCACAAGUCUGAGCAUCGCCCAACAGCUUCGCAAGACUACUCAGUUGGCCUUAGAAGAUUCCGUCCGGAGUCUCGACAAGAAACAAUCUGGCAACAAUUAUACGGCAAAGGUAAAAAUCGGCCACAAGUACAACAUUAUCGGCUUCAUUAGCAGUGGAACAUAUGGUCGAGUUUACAAGGCUGUGGAGAAGAACCCCAAAGGUGAUCCCGCCAGUCCUGUAGGAACGUCUCCGCCCAAGGAACUAUAUGCCAUCAAAAAAUUUAAACCCGAGAAAGAAGGUGACAAUGUACAGUAUACCGGCUUGUCUCAAUCGGCCAUCCGGGAAAUGUCAUUGUGCACCGAAUUGUCUCAUCCAAACUUGGUUCACCUGGCCGAGAUCAUCCUAGAGGACAAGUGUGUCUUCAUGGUCUUCGAAUACUGCGAGCAUGACCUACUUCAAAUCAUCCACCACCACACCCAGCCGACCAGGCGGCCGAUCCCUGCGACCAUGAUCAAGUCGAUUCUGUUUCAACUUCUCAACGGCUUGUACUAUCUCCACCAGAAUUGGGUGAUCCACCGCGAUCUGAAGCCGGCCAAUAUCAUGGUCACCAGCUCCGGACACGUGCGCAUUGGAGACCUGGGACUUGCCCGACUAUUCCAUAAACCUCUGUCGUCGCUGUACUCUGGUGACAAGGUCGUGGUUACCAUAUGGUACCGUAGCCCCGACCUCCUCCUGGGUGCACGUCAUUACACGCCAUCUAUCGAUCUAUGGGCUGUCGGCUGCAUCUUUGCCGAACUGCUUAGCCUCAGACCGAUCUUCAAGGGAGAAGAAACGAAGAUGGAUAGUAAGAAGACCGUACCGUUUCAGAGAAAUCAGAUGGGUAAGAUUGUGGAAAUCUUGGGUAUGCCUCGACGCGAAAAUUGGAAGGGCCUGGUGGACAUGCCAGAAUAUCCACAGUUGCAGUCACUGAUUGUUUCCCGUGGUGGUAUGCCUGGAGGUCUAUAUCCGACCCCUCCUACAUCUCUGAACCGUGGAUCUGGUGGCAACAACGGGAGUGGUCUAGAGGCGUGGUAUAACAACUGCAUCCGACACGCCAGCUACCCUCCGGAAAAGUCUCCCGGUCAACGAGGCUUUCAACUCUUAUCGGAAUUGUUCGAAUACGACCCGGAUCUACGAUUGACGGCCGAGCAAGCUCUCCACCACGAAUACUUUAGAAACACCGACGACGGGCCGAACAAAGGCAAGAUCUGGGUCAGCAACAAUUGCUUCGAAGGCCUGAACGAGGUGUAUCCGCACCGGAGGGUGAGCACAGAAACGAACGAUAUUGGGACAGGCAGUUUGCCGGGGACGAAAAGAGGAGGGUUGCCAGAUGACACGCUUCUCCCGGCGUCAAAAAGGAGAUAG